AUGUCGCCUCCCUGCCUGUCACCACCGGGCGGGCGGCCGGAGGGAGCCGUGUGCAAACUCGGUUACACUCGGCGAGGGCGCCUGCCCGGCUGCGCCCCAGGACCUCGGAGGAGGCCCCGGGCCAGCGCUGCGCGCUCCCCGCUCCGGCCCCUCGGCGCGGCUGGAGCACCUCCCGCCGGAGGAACAGACUCAGACGCGGGCGACGUGCGGCGGGAGCCCCCGCAGCGCCCGGGGUGGCGGAAGGACACGGGGGACGCGCGGCGGCGGCCCCGGGAGCAGCGCUCGCUGCGGCUGAGCAUCAACGCGCGCGAGCGGCGGCGGAUGCACGACCUGAACGACGCGCUGGACGGGCUGCGCGCCGUCAUCCCCUACGCGCACAGCCCGUCGGUGCGCAAGCUCUCCAAGAUCGCCACGCUGCUGCUGGCCAAGAACUACAUCCUCAUGCAGGCACAGGCCCUGGACGAGAUGCGGCGCCUCGUGGCCUACCUCAACCAGGGCCAGGGCUUGACGGGCCCCGUGGCCGCUGCGCCCCUGGCGCCCUUCGGCCAAGCCGCCGUGUACCCCUUCUCCGCCGGCGCCCCGCUGCCCUGCCCGGACAAGUGCACCGCCUUCUCCGGGACGCCCUCCGCGCUUUGCAAACACUGUAACGAGAAGCCGUGAGGGCCCCAGGCCGCCCCUCCUCCCGCAGCCUCUCGAAAUCUACAUUGCCCCUGCGACCACGUCACCCUACCCCGACCGGCCCCGCCCACCUGGAGAAGGCACCCCAAGUGUAGGGCCGCGGGAAGCUCAGAGCACGUCUGGGCACAGUAUUGAGCCUGAGAGCAGGGGGCACCGGAAUCCGCGCCCCGGAGCCCUCAGGGCGCCCAUCGGGCAGUCUCCGGACUUGCCGCGCUCCAAGCCCUGGAAGGGACCUCGGACCUACCCUGCUUGUCCGGGCACCGCCGCGCACCCUGAAAAGAAAACCAGGACUCCAGCUGGAGCGGGAACCCGCGGCGUGACCCCGGGGGAGCGGUCCCGCUUGGCGCCAGCCCAGGUCUCACGGAGCACAGGGACCCAGCUUACCCCAGCUGGGCGGCUGGGGCGGGCCCUCCGCCCAAGGGGUCUGCUCUCGCCAGACUGUGGGGCUCGCUCCUCCGGGUGUUUCCCCCAGACCCAGCGCCUGCGCAGGGGACCUUGCGUCUCUGAGGCUCCACGACCCCCACGCCACUGCGGCCGAGCAGCCCCUUACCCCUACCCAGCCGGCAACUGCUUCAAAAGAGCCACAGUAAGACCCCGGGCCAGCAGCUUCCGGGCUCCCUCGAGUCUGAGUGUGUUAUGUUUAGUUCUCUGUUCACAUCUAGAGGUGAGCCCACGCCGACACUGGCCGUCUCCACGUCUGCGGAAUGUGUGCCCCACACAGCCCCUGGGCUCCUCAGCCGCCGCAGCUCUGCCAGAUCGUCCCCGCUGGGGUGUGGCCAGCGUGGAGCUGGAUGGAGGCGCUGGGCACCCCUGCUGACAGGCAGCCGUGUGCCCACGACCACACUUGGCCUGGGGUGUCAGGGAAGGGCCCAGCCCAGCUCCGGUGACUGGAGACGGGCAAAGCCCCCUCGCACCGACCCCCACACGUUUCCAGGGGAGGAGGCCCCACCAUGGGUGAGUAGGCUGGUGCCAGGGGCUGCACCCGACCUGUGGAGAGAUGUGGGGGGCCUGUCUCUUUGAUGUCAGGGGCACAGCGCAGAAUUCCGCCACCACAGGAGUCCCCGCACCCCGCAGAGCCGGCGGCCACCCUGAGGUCCCGGCUGUCCGGUCCCAUUUCACCCCAGCCUCUCCGCUGCAGAAUCCAGCUUUAUUAACCCAAUUUCCUUGGCUGUCCUUAAUGCUAUGCUAAUGAGGUGAGGACUCGGCCCUACAAAGCGGCCUGUCUGAAGGAUUUAACUUUAAUUAAUACAUUUCAAAAGGCCCUUUUGUAUUUGCAAAAUGAAGUGUGUGAUUAAGCCUUAUUCAUAAAGACAUAUGUUUAAUACUGAUUUUUGCUAAUUUCCAUAUUUAUUUCCUCACUGUCUUUUUUUCCCCCUAACACACUACUUUGUCAGUUUUGCACGUUCCGAAAGGGGAGAUGUAGAAACUGUUUCCAACCGCUUUCAGGUCCGGAGCACAGGACAAGAGCAGCGGGAGCCACUCACUCCCCGGGUCACUUCAAAGGGAGCCCAAAUCAACUUUGUAAAUUACUUGUCCUCGUCUGAAAUAGAGAUGCUGACUCUGGUGAAAACCAGACACAUUCAGCACGACAUUUCUAUUCAGAAUAAAGUAUUUGAUUUCAAGAUUUUAAAAAAAUAACAUGAUUAAAUUUUAAUAUCAAAUUAAAGAUGUUCAUCUGUGACUGAA